AUGGCGUCCGAGAAGACUAGCAACCCCAUGCGGGAGCUCAAGAUCCAGAAGCUGGUUCUGAACAUUUCCGUCGGUGAAUCUGGUGACAGACUCACCCGUGCCGCCAAGGUGCUCGAGCAGCUGUCCGGUCAAACCCCCGUGUACAGCAAGGCCCGCUACACCGUCCGUACCUUCGGUAUCCGACGUAACGAGAAGAUCUCUGUCCACGUCACCGUCCGAGGCCCCAAGGCUGAGGAGAUUCUCGAGCGUGGCCUCAAGGUCAAGGAGUACGAGCUCCGCAAGCGCAACUUCUCCGAGACCGGCAACUUCGGCUUCGGUAUCAGCGAGCACAUCGAUCUCGGUAUCAAGUACGACCCCUCGAUCGGUAUCUACGGCAUGGACUUCUACUGCUGCAUGACCCGACCUGGUGAGCGCGUCACCCGCCGCCGCCGCACCAAGAACAGAAUUGGUGCCACCCACCGCAUCAAGCGCGAUGAGACCGUCAAGUGGUUCAAGUCUCGCUUCGACGGCAUUGUCCGAUAA